GAUGACUUCUGUAUCAACAUUGAACUGGAUAUCAACUUGCUAAAUUGCGUGACAUUGCGUAGCUUCGAAACAAUAACAGAAAGAACAAAUUGCACACUUUAGCUAUAGAUUCUUUGGAAAUGUAAAUUGCAGAUCGAGUUUUCUGAUUGGCAAACUUUAGAACUGAGUUCCAGGCUGCCCUAGAAUUUAUUCAUGAUGGUUAAUUUUAGUCCAACGUCAAAAUGCUCCAACGAGGACAAAGGCUUGCUACACACUGGAAUGUACCUGCGUCCCAGCAUUGCGGCUUCUCUUCAGAGAAUUAUUCGCAACAAACUGAUUCAAGAGAGGGCCCAAUUCACAGUGGCAAAGUCACAGGUUCACCCUAAUGGUUUGUGCGAGAUAGUUGUCAAAAAGUUUAGCCCAAAUGUAUCAACUGUCAAAAUUAUGGAAAUGUUACAACAAUGUCGAGAAUGUGUUCAAGAUUCCUCUCCUUCUCAUAAUGGUGAUUCUGAUGUAAACAAAACCAUUGAUCUGUCUGAUGGGGAUGAUUCAGUUUGUAUUCUGUCACCAACCCAUUCGGCUUUGAGCUUACGAAAAAGCUUGUCAACACCCAAACGUCCAUCCUUUUCCCCAAUCUCAUCUAUUUCUUCAAUUAAAAUGGAUAGUGGAAAACAAUCAGUUAAUGGGAUAGCAAGUCUCACUGGUGCAGCUUCCUCCCCUCAUGUAUCAUAUUAUACUGGGAGUGAUCAGGAAUCUGAGAAUCAAUCAAUUUACUCAAUGAAGACAUUGGUUUCUUCAUUUAUCUCCCCUAACUCAGAUGAUACAGAGGAACCACCAGACACAAGAUUAUUAGCUGAUCCUCUUGAAAUUAAGGAAACAUCCCCAGGAAAAAUUAAUCAUAUGAGUAUUGUUAGACUUCCAUCUGAAUCAGAAAACCAAAGGAUGGGGACACUCAAAAGGACAUCCCCAGAAGACAUCCAUUCAACUUCUUUAGUCAAGAAACCAAAUUUAUCUGAAGAUGUCACUAGUGCAGUAGCUUCUUUGCCAGAAGAAUCUAACUCAUCAGUUUUGAUUCUUGACAUCACUGUUGACACACUUCCUAGUGCACCCACUCUGGCAACUAGCAGAGAGACAUCUUUGUCAAAGGUCCAAGUCUCAAGAAAUGUAAUUGAACAGAACUUGUUGCAACCAAACACUUCAGGGGCAGCGCUUAAAAAUACUAGCAAUAGCAAAUCAGAUUCUAAACCAUUGUAUUCUCAUGUGUUGACAAGAGAUCAAACUAUCCUCCCAACACCAUCAACUUCUAAGAUGCCUGUUGAAAUUUUGGAUCUGUCUGAGGAUAACCCUUCUGAUUCAAAUAAUAUCGGCAAUAAAAUUUCAAGUUCUUCUGGUUCAGCUGAAAAUGUAAAAGCAGUUGGUUCUGAAACCUCACUUGACCAAAACACUCAAAGUACCAAAGAUUUGUGCCAUAAGGAUGUUUGGUCAAGUGUUCAUUCUGAUGUGCCAAUUGAAAUUACUGAUUCCGCCACUCAUUCUACAAAAACUGUGUCUAAUCAAGCCUCAACUUCAAGUGAAAGUUCAACAGGUGACAGCUCUUCUGAAGAAAGCCUGGAUGAAAUAAUCAUUGAAAAAGAAGUCCAGAAUGAUCACAAAAAUCUUAACCAUACUGUCUUGAUUGAUGAUAGUGAUGACGACAUUUUGGUGUGCGAAGUGUUACCAACAGCUAAUAAACAAGUCGGAAAAGUCAAAAAUAUGAAAAAAGGGAAGCAGAAGAAAAAUUUUAAUCAAAACAAAAUACCUGCUGGCUCUGUAUUUGUGGCUUCAACUUCCCGUGAAUCUGCAGAAGAUUUCAUUCCACUUAAACCUUCCUAUAGGAGAAUUGAUCCUAGAUCUAAUUUCUAUGAAGAUAAACAAUCUAGGUUAAAAAAAAUUCAGCAAAAGAAAUUGAAAAAAUCUCAAGUUAUGAAGAAGAGGAGUUUAACAGGAAAUUGUGCACCAACCAGACCAAAGGAAAGUCCAUCAAAGGGCAAUAAAAAGAAGGGAGAGAAACACGAGUAUGAUGGUAACAUAAUGAAUCCUAAUUCUGGCGAACCUAAGGCUGGAUUACGUCCAAUUGUCAUUGAUGCCAGCAAUGUAGCUGUGGGUCAUGGAAGGGGUAAAUUUUCUGUUCCUGGGUUGCAAAUUUGCAUUAAAUACUUUACGGACAGAGGUCACAAAGUUCAUGCAUUUGCUCCUAAAUACCGCCGAUUCCAAGUCUCCCCUGAAGAAAGGCAAAUUCUAGAUAACCUUGAAACAGAGGGAAUUUUAAGUUUUACUCCCAGCAGGACGCUACAAAGUGGAAAGAAAGUUGCUUCAUACGAUGACAGAUUUAUUGUCCAAACUGCUGCAGAGUUAGGUGGAGUUGUUGUUUCUACUGACAACUUCCGAGAUCUUCUGGAGGAAAAUGAAGCAUGGCGAGACACAAUAGAAAAGCGAUUACUGAUGUUUACAUGGGUUCAAGACAUGCUUCUUUUCCCAAAUGAUCCACUUGGUCGACAUGGUCCUCAUCUUUCAGAAUUUCUUCGCUUUCCAAAUCAGCCUGUAUCACAGGCUGAAAAUCAGCCUUCUACCUCAUCAUCAGCGUGAAGGUCUACUGUUUAAAUCAGGUUUUUGUUUUCCAUUUUUUCUUGUUACACUGUUUUCUACCUGUACAACCCAUACUUAAUGAACUUCGGUCCAACUAAGAUUUUUUGCUUUUUGGUAUUGGAGAAUAUCCCAGAAACUUUUGUUUCCUGUAGCUAUAAAUAUUAAUUUUCUAAUGAACUGAAUUAAGUUUUGGGGAAUUCAGUAAGGGAGGAACAACGGCUGUGACUUAGUAAAAUUAAGCCUCUUUAGUUCUUUAAGCUCUGUACAAAUUAUUCUCAAGAUUGUUAGAACACUUAUAAUUAUCAACAUUCUAUUAAUGUUUCUACUAUUUUUAUUUUGUUUAUGAUCAAGAGAUUAGCUCUAAAUACAUAUUUGAUAAAUUUGAUACUAAUUGGAUUAUUAAAAAUACAUCUUUGAAUCAA